AUGACAUCAAUUGAUAAUACACAGGAUCUAGUAAAUAUAAAAGAUUUAAAUCUAUCAAAAAAUCAAAUUAAAAAUAUUGAAAAAUUAUCCAAAUUAAUUUAUUUCAAAACUUUAAACUUCUCUUUCAACCCUAUAACCAGCACUCAGGCUUUACUAAAUUGUAUUAAUUCCAAAAAUUUAAUAUUUUUAAACAUUUUGAACUUGCCAUACAGCCAUUUUACUAAAAUUAAACGUUUAUCAAGUUUAGCUGUUUUGAAACAUUUGAAUUUGAAGGAAAUCAGACUUGCAACAUUGAAAAUCUAA